GGAAAGGGGGUAAGGAAGGGGAGCCGGAAAGGUAUAGAUGAAAGUCAGUGAGAACAAAUCAGUUGCACCCUCUCCCCUAGAACCUUAGCUCCUUAUUUCCCCAUUCUGGCAGUAUCUUUCACCCAGUCACUUCUCUUUUUCCAGGGGCAGGAAGGGGAAGGAGAGGGAAAGAAGCUGAAUGUUCCAUGGAUCCAACCAUUCUGGAGAGCAAUCUGGAAUUAUGCUCAAAAAGUUAUCAAACUGUGUAUACCCUUUGAUCCAGCAGUGUUUCUACUGGGCUUAUACCCCAAAGAGAUACUAAAGAAGGGAAAGGGACCUGUAUGUGCCAAAAUGUUUGUGGCAGCCCAGUUUGUAGUGGCUAGAAACUGGAAAAUGAAUGGAUACCCAUCAAUUGGAAAAUGGCUGAAUAAAUUAUGGUAUGAGUGUUAUGGAAUAUUAUUGUUGUACAAGAAAUAACCAGCAGGAUGAUUCCAGAGAGGCUUGGAGAGACUUACAUGAACUGAUGCUGAGAUGAGUAGAACCAGGACAUCACUAUAUAUGGCAACAAGGAGAUUAUCCGAUAAUCUAUUCUGAUGGACUUGGCUCUUUUCAACAAUGAGAUGAUUCAGGCCAGUCCCAAUGAUCUUGUGAUGAAGAGAGCCAUCUACACCCAGAGGGAAGACCGUGGGAACUGAGUGUGAUUCACAAUAUGCUUUUUCACUUUUUAUUAUUGUUUGCUUGCAUUUUAUUUUCUUUCUCAUUUUUUCCCAGUUUGAUUUGAUUUGUCUUGUGCAGCAAGAUAAAUGUAUAAAUAUCUAUGUAUAUAUUGGGCUUAAAAUAUUUUUACCAUGUUUAACAUAUACUGGAUUAUUUGCCAUCUAGGGGAGGGGGUGGGGGAGAGAGGAGAGAAACUGGAACACAAGGUUUUACAAGGGUUACUGUUGAAAAAUUGCAUUCAUAUGUUUUGAAAAUAAAAAGCUUUAAUUAAAAAGAAGAAGAAGAAGCAGCUUCUUGUUCCAUUGGUAGGUUCUGAAAAGGUGGUUUUCACCAGGACAGUUUGGGUUGGUGGUUUUUGGACUGCUGAGCUCUAUCUUCAGAGUCAGACCUAGAAAAGGGCAAAUCUGCAGGAAAGGAAGAUAUCUGGAGAUAGAAGCAGCACUGAGAGCAGACUGGAUCGCAAGGGAGCCUAAGGUCUUUCUCUCACUUCCUUGUUCCCUAUAAGUAUCAUUGUUAAGUUCAUUGAGGACAUUACUAGAUAACCCUUAAACAUACCCUCCCCCCAGUCCAAUUCUCCUCUCCCUCAAUUAUUUGAUGAACUUCGGGCAAAAGUAGGGGGAAAAUACUAGAUCCCAUACCAAGGGCAGAUGGAGUCUAGAUUUCUGUGGACCAUCAUCGUGUCCCAGGGAAAAAGGUCCAGAAAUAAAAUCUGCAAUCUACAAUUUCCUCUCCUCCAUCUUCUUUUCCUCUGGAACUCUCUUUCCCGCCCAUCCCGACCCAAUAAUUUCCCCAGCUCUUCCCUCCACCAAGAGGUUAGAAAUUCUAAAGUGAUCCCUGGGCAGAGUGAAGGGCGGGAUCUCCUUUGCCCUGCCCCACCUAUCCUCGACCUUGACCACCAGGGACGGGAGGGCACUGCCCUGUGGGCACUUCCCGCCAAAGGUGGAGGUGUGGCUUGGGGCUGCGGGCGUAGAUCGAUGCAUAAAACACCCGGGGCUGCGGGUCUCCGGAGGCAGGGCGGCCUUUCCGCGCCCUCGCUGGCAGGGGCCUGUCCUGGCGCAGCCGAUCCUUCCGAGAUGGCUCCCCCCAGUGUCCCCUCCCCGCCGGCCUCUUGGGCCAACGCCUCCCGGGGUGAGAUGCUGAGCCUGGACGAGGCUGCGCUCCCGGCUGAUUACCUGGCCCUGAGAAUCUCAGUUGCCCUGGCUUAUGGACUAGUGGGAACCGUGGGGCUCCUGGGCAACGUGGCUGCGCUCUGGGUGCUGGGCGGCCGGCGGGCCUCGCGUCCAACCACGGACAGCCUCGUCUUCAGCCUGGCGCUGGCUGACCUGGGGCUGGCACUCACCUUUCCCUUCUGGGCCGCCGAGUACGCGCUGGAUUUCCACUGGCCCUUUGGGGGCGUUCUCUGCAAGGCCGUCCUGACGGGCACCGUCCUCAGCGUCUACGCCAGCGUCUUCCUCAUCACCGCUCUCAGCCUGGUCCGGUACUGGAUGCUGGCGGUGGCCGCCGGCCCCGGAGCCUGCCUCUCGCCCUCCCGGGCCUUCGGGACCGGCCUGGCCGCCUGGGUGGCUGCGGGCGCCGCGGCGGCGCCCACGGCCGUCUUUGGGGCCGAAGCCGAGGUGGGGGGGGUCCAGCUGUGUCUGCUCCGCUUCCCCAGCAUUGGCUGGCUGGGGGCUUACCAGGUGCAGAAGGUGCUGCUGGCCUUCGUGGCGCCCCUGAGCGUCGUCGCGGCCAGCUACCUGCUGCUGUGGGCCUUCCUUCGGCGGCAGCGCCUGAGGCGGAGGGACCAGGCCGCGGCGCGCGCUCUCGGCGCCAUCGUCGCGUCCUUUUUCCUCUGCUGGCUCCCCAACCACGUGGUCACGCUCUGGGGGGUGCUAGUCAAGUUUGACCUCGUGCCCUGGGACGCCACCUACUCGGUCCUUCACACCUACGUCUUCCCCCUUACUGUCUGCCUGGCCCGGAGCAACAGCUGCCUCAACCCCCUGCUGUACUGCUUCCUGCGCCGGGAGUGCCGGCGGGCCCUGGGCAAGGCCCUGAGCGGGCUGAGGGCGCGGCUGCCCGGGGCGGGGCGAGCCCAGCCCAAGCAAGUAGCCCUCCAGAGGAGGAGCCGGCCCAAGGAGGGGGCGGGCGCCCGUAAGGGCGGUGGGCUCUCCACCACUCUCACCCACCUGGACAAGGGGGGUACAGAACAGGAAGGCCCUCCCCCAUAGAAGCUGUCUCUCCCUCCCCAGACCCUGGCACCCAUGCCCGGGAAGGAGCUUCUCAAAUUCCACCAGGUCACGACACCUUGGGACGUUUAUCUUUGCUCCUUAACUCCCUUUGGGGUGGAGUAUUUGAGUUCAGAGAUCCAAGAAAACCUAGUCUCCAUUUGUGGUCGGGGUGGGGGUGUGGAGGGAAGAGGGAUUUGUGAAUAACGUUUUUGGUUUCCUACCACCUGUUUCCACCUUACCCAACGGCACCACUGCCAUUUCUGGGGAAGUGUUCGUGGCUACUUAGCCCUUCCUGCUCUCCCUAUAGUGGUACUCUCUUCCCUUUGUAGCCAAAGCUCAAAGGGGGGGCGGGGUCCUAGGGCCAGCUCCAGCUGAAGUCUGUGGCUCCCAACUAGUCCCCUGACUUUCAACUCAGGUUUUCCAGCACUUACAGCUAAAAUCCAUCUCCUUUGUCCCUGAACAUUAAACAAACAAUGCCGGGGCAUAAUUUACAGCUGUUGGCUAUAAAGAUUAAAUCCAAUCCCCUCAUUUUUACAGAAGGGGAAAUGGAAGGCUAGAUAUAUCUAUUUUUGGUCGGAAUUGGUUAGCAGAGUAGCCAAUAGGUUGGGGGGAAUAAUUUUCCACUCCAUACUCUCACUUCCUUUGUAUUCUCCCAAAGGGAGGUCAAAGGAGCCCUGAGAUGGUGUUUAAUUGCCAGAAGACCCUCACAAAAAGAAUGACACGAAUGCUCACCUACUAAAACAAUUGGUGGAUUCUUAGAGGGAGGGAGGCAAAGAGAGGGAGGAGAGCAAGAAACUGCCAAAGCAGCUAGAAAAACAUGUCUGUCAAGAAGAUAUGAAUUGUCUACUGAUCACAACAUGGGAGGUUAGAACCAUGGAAGCCUUUAAAUUGCAAGGAUCUUGGAAUAGAAGAUGGCAAUAUCCAGUUAGAUAUAAAGGAGAUCCCCUUGUUUUUUCUGUAGGUAUGAGACAGGGGUCCUAUUGAAUACCAUUGAAUGGCAUAGUAGGGGGGACAACCUCCAAGUAGUCCCAAGCUGCAUUUCUAAUUUUUGGCAAAAAGUACAAUGUUAAACAGUAUCCUAAUUUGCCACUUUUUAAGUACUAACUAUAAUUGGUGUUUUUGCUUGCUGUUUAAUUUCCUUUUUCCUGCUGAGUUCAAAACUCUUAAGUUCAUUCUUAAAUCAACUUAAAAUGGAAAAUUCUGUGGACUCUUAGGUAUUGUUUUUUCUCUAGGCCAGGAGUUCCUCUGAAGGUUACACCUAAGCACCAAGUACCAAGUAGUUCAUGUUUCUCUGCUAAUUUAUGGUUAAUGUCACUGAUUAAGACAAGGAGGCAACCAUGUGAGUGGGCCUGGGGCUGGACCAGCUUGUAUAUAUUUACAGGAAAAGAACAGGGGGGAAUGCAGAAGACAAGUAGUCCUAGAUUGAGGCCUCUACCUGCGAAGCAGCUGCACUCCUGGCUUCCCCAAAGGGCAGAAUAAGAAGUGGUGGGGCAAUUCUGCAACAGAAGGGGUUGGAUCAAAGGCUUUCUAAAGAUGAGGUGGUUGAGAAGGGGCAGUGAUAACUGCCCAGCACCUUCCUCUAGAGACUAUUGGUGUGAUUUGUGCAAGCCAUUGACCUGCUCUUGGUCCAUUUCCUUAUAUGUAAAAUGGUUAGGACCAAGUGUUGAAGGUCCCAGAAAAAGACCUUUCUAAGGGGACUGGAGAGAAGGUUAUCAGAAUGUGGUUUGGGGGAAUUAAACUUCAAAAGACUUCAGGAAGAAGCCAUAGGGUAUAGAGUCAAAGAAAUAAAGGAUCCCAGGUUUCCAGACCCCAAAGGUUUGAUGUGUUUUUCUGUCCUUCAGGGCCUCUCCCUGUAUUGGGGUACACUCAUUUGUUUUGUGCCUGUUUCUGCUCCUCCAUUCAGUCUCACUCUUAGAUUCUGGGUCCUUCAAAGGCAUCAGGACGACUGGGAGGGACUCUCUCCUCCCCCCUCCCUAGCACUCGAAACUCAUCAGAAACAGGAAGGAUACAAGGCCAAAAAGGGAAGUGAAAAGGAUCAGCUGCUCCAAAGGGCAGAGCUCGGACCAAGAGUAGGCACACUCUGCUUGUGUGGAGGCAGAGAGUCAUCUUCCGGAGGUCACCUAAAGGCUUAUGGGAUGGUGGAGAGCUGGACUAAGGGCAUGGAUUUUGUACUCCUGCUAUGGGAUCUUCCCCAACAGAAUCUAAGUUUUUUUUUUUUUCCUUUUGUAUCCCCAAUGCUGUGGUACAAAGAAGAGCUAAAGAAAUACUUGUUAAUGAAUUAAACUGAACUCCAUAUGAGAGGACAUGAUGGCCUGAUUAUAGAUGAAACCCCUCAAGACGAGGUGCAGCUUAGCAGCACAAACUCACUGAGAACCACAACCCAUAAGGCAGAAGCUGCCCCCAAAGAGAGAUUGUCUAGAUAUCUGGUCUAGAUAUCGCUUUAAUGCUCAUUUUCCUACAUCCAACAAAAAUCAAGUCCAUGGGAUUCCAUAUCUUUAAUUCUGUGUGCUUGGUCUUUUUACAAUCAAAUCAUCAGAAAAGUGCUGGGGCCUGGUGGGGAGGGUAUUUGACACUUGCUAAUACCCCCCAAACCAAAAUUCAAGAUUGGUUUUCAAACCAGACUCUGAGGCCCCCAGAUAUUUCCUACACCUCUUUGAUGCAUUCCCAAUUGGCUGAGUGGAGAUAGGCUAGGGAGAAGAGCCAGGAAAGGCUCCCCACCAGUCGUAUUAUGGUGAGCAAAUACUGAUGCCCAACCGCACUCCCCAAGUUUCUUCUGA